UAGAAUUGUAACUUCGCAUGCAUAGAGUGCGAUGGAUGUGGCGGCCUCUCGGACGGCUGCGACCUCGAGACCUUCGGGCGGCGGCGGAUGCAGGGACUCCGGCUUGAUUACUUCCUGAUCUCCUCCUCCCCGACGCUAGCACAACGGAUGCCCAUGGGAGCGAGCGACGACGGACGGACGGAGACCUAUCGGGUGGCGAAGGUGCCGACUUCGGGGGAACCUCCUGACCCACUCUGGUCUCCUCUCGACAGCUCCGCCACUUCCUCUCCCUCCUCACUGCUCCACUCGCGACGACUGCUAGGAGCCCUCCUUCCCGUUGAUAGUCCCAUGCUGCUGCUACUGGUGCUCGUCCCCCGCCUCCAGCACUCUCAUCCCCAGCACCUAUUCUCUUCCCCCCUUCUCCCCUCUGCCUACCGUGGCCGCCUGCCUCAUCAGGAGGACUAUGACGCCAGUUAUCAUCGCCCUCCAGGCUAAUUGUUCCAUCUACUUGAUUUCUGCCACUCAAGCUGCUCUAAUACCCUUUGUUCUUUCUCUGUAAAAUUUGUAGAUCUGGGAUGUGUGGCAAUUUGUGUUUUUUUUCACUCGGAACAUAUCAGAACUUGUAGCAAUGGAGAAUCCGUGCAUUUGUUUCUGCAAUGAACUGGAAUUGGCUGAACAUUUCUGACGCAUGUGGAUGCUGGUUUUGCUUUGAAUUUCAGUUGAUAUAAAUGUUGUCUGUCCUAUGUGGAUUUCGUACGUUCUGUUUGGUGAUUUACAGAACAGGGAAGUUCUGUACUUUAAAAUCGGUGGCAAAUUUCUGUGUUGGUGAAUUUUCCUGUUAUAUAAAUCUCUUCAACCUCUGGCUAGUGGCAAGCCACAAUCUCAUCCUUGAUUCUCAUCCUGUAGCUGUUGGCAGCAACGACUGAGUCUCAGCUUCCAUAGCUUGUGCCCUAUCUCACAUCCAUCAUGGUUGGUCUGCACAGCACCAAACGUCAAAGAAAAUAUACCAGGCAGCUCCAUUGGCGGUCGGCCCAGGAUCUUGUGGCAUGGCGGCACAGGAUCACAGCCUACCGGGGCAUGCAGCGCGGCGCGGCGCCGGAGAAUGGGCGUGCGGCGGCAGCGUGGAGAGAACGAUUAAGACGAUGGAGUUGCAUGUAGGACCGCUUCUGUCAGUGUGUAUGGUUCUUCCCUUGAAGAUUAUGAAGAUGAGGACUUAAGCGAAGAUGAAGAUGAGGACUUAAGCGAUGGGCAUCAUAUUGAGUAUAAUAUCCUUGGUGUCCUUUCACAUGCUAGAAGCCUAAAAUUGGUAGCUCCGCUACGAGAGGCUUUGUUCGAGGGGUGCUUAUUGACAUGCCCGGUCUUCAACAACUUGAAAUGUUUGGUAUUUGGUGACUGGUGCAUGGAUUUUGACCUUUAUCCACUACGCUGUGUUCUUAAGCAAUCACCAAUAUUAGAGGAGCUCUGUGUGGAACUUCGUGAGAAAGAGUGCGAGUAUUGCAAGGAAAAAGCACCACCUUUCUCGUACUCGUAUGGGGAAAUAUUGCCAUUUAAGUGUCAUCGCCUUAAGACUGUCAAAAUCAAAUGUGGAGAACGUGAUGAAAGAUUUAUCGCUUUGGUGAAACUGUUUUUCAAGAUCUCAGUCUGUAUUGAGAAAUUUGACUUAGAUAGGUGGUGAGUUCGGGUACAAGCCUGUGCCUUCCUAGUCUGUGAAGGCCGUAGAAACAUUAAGAAAUAUAUAUAUGUCUCAUGAUUUAAAUCCUUUUUAUCUGCUACUCCAUACUUUGUUUUAUUCUAUAUUAAUCGCUGUCAAAAUGCUAGUAGUAGCGAAGUGAGCACAGCUCAACGGGUUAGGUUCCUUGUGGUGGAACCAGCCUACCCGGGUUCAAAUCCUAGAUUUGACACGGGUGCUCGCAUUUACGGCUAAUUAUUCUUUCAGUGGUAGGUGACGCCAUGUGUGCCUUCAUAGGGGUAAUUUCUCAAAAAAAAAAUGCUAGUAGUAAUUUCUCAAGUCCAGUAAUGGAUUUACGGGUUAAAGUUUGAAAAUCUGGCAAUUGUGUCAUCACCAUUCACUGGGGCAACGCUGACGAAGCCACCUUCUCCGGCCCAAAUAAGUUGGGCCCAUAUAAGAAUUUGCCCGUUCCCGACAGACGCUCACCGCCUCUGAUCUAUGUCGCCGGCGCCACCGCGGCCGCCCGCGACCCUCUCGUCGCCGUCGCCGUCGCCCCGCUCCUCCCCUGAGCUCUCCGGCCGCCGGAUAUGGGCCAGUGGCGGCGGCGCGGCCAGCACCACGCCCAGCACCAGUUCCCGCGCCGCAUUGCGCUGCCUGGCGCGGCCCUCCUCCUGCUUUUCCUCGCCGUCUCGCUCGUCUCCUUCUCCCUCUCCGUGCCACCGCUCACCGACCACCUCGGCCUCGCCUCCUCCUCCCGACGAUCCCUCGGGAGCAGCAGCUCCCGUCGCCGCCCGCCGAACACCUCUGGCGGCGAAAUGGACGGCCUCACGAGCGGCGGCUCCUCCGGCAUUCCGGCUAGAAUUGCUUGGGUUGCACCAAUUGACCUAUGGGGUUCAAAGCUCGCUAGCAACUUCUUUGGCUGCAGUAACUCUAGCGGAAAAUUCCUUGAUUCCAGUGUUACCACACAGCCGGAUCGAUAUUUGAUUAUUGUUACAAGUGGAGGUCUCAAUCAGCAGAGAACAGGGAUAGUUGAUGCUGUUGUCGCUGCACGCAUUUUAAAUGCAACGCUUGUUGUUCCCGAAUUGGAUCAAAGAUCUUUCUGGAAAGAUUCAAGCAACUUUUCUGAAAUAUUUGAUAUCAACUGGUUCAUCUCAUUUCUUGCAAAGGAUGUCAAUAUUAUCAAAGAACCUCCAGAAAAAGGGGGUAAAGCUGUGAAACCUUAUAAAAUGCGCGUCCCUCGAAAAUGCACUCCAAAAUGUUACUUAAACCGUGUAUUACCUGCACUCCUGAAGAAACAUGUCAUUCGCCUGACUAAAUAUGAUUACAGGCUCUCAAAUAAGCUGGACAAGGACCUGCAAAAACUGCGUUGCCGAGUCAACUAUCAUGCUUUGAGAUUUACUGACCCAAUACAAGAAUUGGGUGAAAAGUUAAUAAAACGAAUGCGAGAGAAGAGCAGACAUUUUAUUGCUCUGCACCUGAGGUUUGAACCUGACAUGCUUGCCUUUUCUGGGUGUUAUUAUGGUGGUGGAGAAAAGGAGAAAAGAGAACUAGGCUCCAUUCGCAAGCGAUGGAAAACUUUGCAUAUAGGCGACCCAGAGAAAGGAAGGAGGCAAGGUCGAUGCCCACUAACCCCUGAGGAGGUAGGGCUAAUGUUGAGGGCAUUAGGCUACAAAAGUGAUGUCCAUAUCUAUGUUGCUUCCGGUGAGAUAUAUGGAGGGGAAGACACUUUAGCACCCCUCAAAUUGCUCUUCCCCAAUUACCAUACCAAAGAAACAUUAUCCACAGAAGAGGAAUUGACUCCAUUCUUGGCACACUCAUCUCGCAUGGCGGCAAUUGAUUUUAUUGUUUGUGAUGGAAGUGAUGCUUUUGUAACUAACAACAACGGUAACAUGGCCAAAAUUCUUGUUGGGCGAAGGAGAUAUUUUGGCCACAAGAGAACAAUCAGGCCAAGUGCUAAACAGCUCUAUCCCUUAUUUAUGAAUAGGUCAAAUAUUUCAUGGGAUGCAUUCUCCUCACAGGUACAAACAAUACAGAAAGGAUUCAUUGGAGAGCCCAUGGAAAUUACGCCUGGAAGAGGUGAAUUCCAUGCCAACCCUGCUGCCUGUAUAUGCGAAAAGACCGGCAUAAAGUCUGUAGUCGGAUCGGAUUCCAGAAGUAACCGAGAAACUGUUAACAGCACUGAAAUAAGUAACAAACCUAUUGGUGGGCCAACAUAUCCUAUCUAUACCGAUGAAGAGGCGGAUCGACCUGAUACUGAAGAUGAUCCUUCAGGGAUAGGAGAAAUGAUUGACAUGGAAGCUGAAGAUGAUUCAUUGGCCAGCAGAGUAGAUUCUGUGCUGGAGGAAAUCCUUUCGGAUUAAUUCAGUUAUGCAUCUAGCUAGGAGACAUUUAGCUAAGUUAUGUAGAUUUAACUUCUCGGACGCUUGUUGUGUGUGGUAGCAAACUAGCAAUUGAUGGAUUUCACGCCUGAAAGUAGCUAGACCUGCAGUUGCUGGUGUACAUAGAUUUUUGAGGUGGACCUGUACAUCAACACCUCUUGCCGCAGUGCCUCUAGCUCAAUAAGGCUGGCCUCUUUUUAUUUUUGGCGUCUCCACUCUCCAGCGUCGUCGGCUAGUAAUUUUCUCACACUUUGUAGCAGCAUGCUUGUAUAUCAUGGAAACUUGUUUGUGCAGCAGCUUAAUUCAUUUUUUUUUAGUUUCAUUGGGCCAAGUUUUCUUUCUCCCAUCUUGAAUCAUUUUCUUUGUUAUGACGAACUACUGUAAAGUGUAAACUUGUCUUGGGCUCGUGACACUAACAUUUUGUAAUAUUUAUUGAGAGAAAGGAGCCAACAGUAUCCUGUCGUCAAAGAGUCUUCA